CGCCGCCUACGCGUUCAGGAGUGGAGGCGCGCCUAGGCGUGUCCCUAUGGGACCCCUCUGGUUCGUCGUCAAGACCGGCCCGGUCUAAACGAUCACCUUUCACGGCAUCCGUGACAGACUGCCCCCUCGGCCCGGCCUUCAUUACAUAGACCGAACGUAAUGGCCGUAGUGCUUUUCAGAUCGCAACUAACUCUUCCUCCUUACGACUCUCACCUCCUAUCCCGACACCGUCGAUUCCUGACCUCGUAACCAUGUACAUCCGCGCCGCCCAUGCCGAGGCAGACCUUCGCGUUCUUCGCCAUCUCAUCCACGAGAACCCGCUUGGAAUUCUCACAACCGGCAUCAAAUCACCGACGUAUUCAUUCCUCCAAAGCAGUCACAUUCCCUUUCUGUUGGACGUCAAGGAUGAAUCCAGUGAAACUGAACUCGGUAAAUUACGAGGGCAUCUUGCACGACAAAACCCACAAAGCAAGAUCAUGAUGGAACACUGUUCUUCAAACCCCUCCCUGAACAACUUCCUCGAAGACGAAGUCCUUGUCAUCUUCACCAGGUCUGCUCACCAUUACGUUACACCUAAAUUCUAUACCGAGACGAAGCCCGCAACUGGUAAAGUAGUACCAACGUGGAACUACGCUGCAGCGCAGGUCUAUGGAAAGGCACGUAUCUACUACGAAAACAACCAAGAAACAUCAAGAUUUCUUGGUACGGCCAUCUCCGACCUAACGAACCAUAACGAAACGAAAAUCAUGGGAUAUACUGGCGGUGACAGGCCCUCGCAGUGGAAGGUCACAGACGCUCCUGAAAGGUUUAUUGAGUUGUUGAAGAGAAAUAUAAUUGGUAUUGAGAUCGAGGUGACGAAGCUGGAGGGUAAGUUCAAGAUGAGUCAGGAGAUGGCGAAGGGGGAUCGACAGGGGGUUAUUGAGGGUUUCGAGAAUCUGCAAACGGAGGUUGGUAAUGAAGUGGCUGAGGUCGUAAGGCAUUAUGGAGAGUUGAAGGACCAGAAUAAGUAAGAGGCAUAUUGGCUACUACUUGCAUGCUGUUCAUUUCUUUAAAUCAGUGCUUAGCUAAGGACGAUCUUAACCGUUCAUACCGACUGGUCUUUUUGAGGAUUUUAAAACAAUACACACGGUAUAAGCAUGAAUCAAGAUGGUUGGAACUUCAAUGAACGAGCUGGUCUGUACUGGGUUCAUACUACAUUGGUAGGUUGUAUGGUGUUGACCCCAAGUGUGGUGAAGAACGCUAUGUCUCCAUGAAUGGAUAAUUUUGUAAGGGCUGUUAUCGUGGGGGCUUCCUCCCCCCCCCCCCCCCCC